AAAAAAACAAGAAGAAGAGGAAGAAGACUAGAGAAGAUGCGAUCCUGCAGUGGAGUCCCGGACAACCUGAUGAGUUUGCAUUAGGAAUAUGGGAUCGAAUCGGAACAGCAUUUUGGCUCUGAUGACCCGUUCGAGUGCUGCGUGGUGCUGUGUGUCCUGACCGCCCUUUUACUACCUUGCCGCAAACACACACACACACCUGCACACACACAAACACAUCACUUCCCUUGCCUUUUGACUUCAUGAAGAUUCGCCUCAUUGGUGAUGUGAUGAAUAAAUUUGAGGUCCUUGGGAUUGUAGGAGAAGGAGCCUAUGGGGUGGUUCUAAAAUGCAGGCACAAGGAGACAAAAGAGCUUGUGGCCAUAAAGAAGUUUAAGGACAGUGAAGAGAAUGAAGAGGUCAAGGAGACGACUCUGCGGGAGCUGAAGAUGCUCCGCACGCUGAAGCAGGAGAACAUCGUGGAGCUGAAGGAGGCGUUCCGGCGCAGAGGGAAACUCUACCUGGUGUUUGAGUAUGUGGAGAAGAACAUGCUGGAGCUGCUGGAGGAAAUGCCUAACGGCGUGCCGCCUGAUAAACUCCGCAACUACAUUUAUCAGCUGAUUAAAGCGAUCCACUGGUGCCAUAAGAACGAGAUUGUACACAGAGACAUCAAGCCUGAAAAUCUCCUCAUCAGCUCCAACGACAUCCUCAAGCUGUGCGAUUUCGGCUUUGCACGGAAUCUUUCAGAAGGCAGCGACGCCAACUACACAGAGUAUGUGGCCACCAGGUGGUACCGAUCUCCUGAACUACUUCUCGGAGCUCCGUAUGGGAAGGCCGUGGAUAUGUGGUCAGUGGGAUGUAUUCUGGGUGAGCUGAGUGACGGGCAGCCUUUAUUUCCGGGAGAAAGUGAGAUCGAUCAGCUCUUCACCAUCCAGAAAGUGCUGGGGCCGCUGCCGCCUGAGCAGAUGAAGCUCUUCUACAGCAACCCCCGCUUCGCUGGUCUGCGGUUCCCUACAGUCAGUCAUCCUCAGACCCUGGAAAGGAGAUACCUAGGCAUCCUCAACGGACUCAUGUUGGAUCUUAUGAAGAACCUGCUGCUGUUGAACCCGUCGGAGCGCUUUCUGACAGAGCAGUGUCUGAACCACCUCGUGUUCCAGGCGCUGCGAGUGCUGGAGCGACCUGCGCCUCCGUCUCCGACCCCACCCCGAUCCUCCAAGAGGAAACCGUACCACGGGGACAACACCAUUCCUAGCCGGUCAGCUAGCUCCACUCUCAAGAGCUCUAGUCAUCGUCGCUCCAACAGCAAAGACUGCUCAUCGCUGCCGCGCCAUGAAGACUUGCGCCGGAGUACUGAAGGCUUCCUGAAUGGUGGUGGUGGGCCCGUGCCAGCCAGCUUGAGCCCUCAACUACAUCCCAAGAGCUACCAGAGCCAGACGCUGAACCGCUCGAUCUCUUGCAACAAAGAGCUGGCCAACAACAAUCUUCCCCAUCUCUUGAGUCCCAAGGAUGCCAAGGGGAAAAUCGAGUUUGACUUCACACUCGGGCCUAAAACCACCGGCGGCAUAGACAUUUCCACCGGAAAGUACCUCAAAUCAUCCAAACAAAACCGCCAGCCAUCGUCGUCUUUUAUGGAGGGCAAAACAAGCACUCUCCAGUCCAGCGACAAGCACGGGCGUCACGGCUACAUGGAGAGCUCACACGGCUCCAUGCCCUCGUCAUCAUCCUCCAAGAGCACUUCCUCUUUCCUCGGCCUAUCCAAAAGUCACGGCACACUAAGUGAUACCAAAUCUGUUGGAAACCUUGCCGAGCCACGCCUUCACCUAGAAGAGUCUGUGCCCAGUUCUGGCUCUGGGUCUCGGUACUUCCAGACUAGCUGUUUGGAUUUGAAUGCCGCUCCCGCCAGCCCCCGAACAGAGCGGCACUCUGGCUCAGAUCGUCAGGGCCAUAGCCCCAUAGGGCGCACCAACCCUCGCAUGGAGGGUGGCACCCUGGACUCGCACCACUCCUCAGGCCGCAAAAAAACACCAGAGGAACCCAAAGUGCCAGAUACUUUGGAUCCGGCCAUGUUGGCUGGAGCCGCAGGCAUGCAUACUCACACGCUUUCUGCCCCUCACGAGGCCGCCCCCUACGGCCUGGGCUACACCAGCCCCUUCUCGUCUCAGCAGCGCCCCCACAGGCACUCUAUGUACGUUCGACGAGACCGCCACCGGACCCAUGGGCAGGACGCUGGGCUGGCAGUGGGCCAGGCUGUGCCAACACGGGCCAGCAGCCUACAGCUGCUCUCUCCUCAGCUGCCUCACCGCACAUUACCACGCCACCCUACCAGCUCUUCCAGAGAGGAGCUCAGCCAGGACAUCAGCAGGAAUGACCAGUCUCCAAAAGAGAAGCCUCACUCUCAUGGUCCAAUUAAAGACUCAACAAGGGACAACACCACUUCCUUCCACUCACAGCGUGCCAAAAAUGAGGUCGGGAUGUACCACGAUCCACACAUGGAAGACGGAACCUCAUCCAAGGAGAACCGGAUCAUCUAUAGUGACUCUAUGCCUCGCAGAGUGGGCAGCUUUUACAGAGUCCCAUCUCCACGACCAGACAAUUCCUUUCAUGACAGCGUGGCUCAGAGCAGAGUUCCUCCAGUAUCAGCAGACAGCGCUGCCAUGGCCAACCACUCCAAACGCCAGACGAACUUUGACCCCUGGAAUAACACAGAGGCAAUGGUUAUGAACCCACCGGAGAUUCCAAAACAGAAGGAAAAACAGGGAUUCUUUAGAGCAAUAAAGAAGAAAAAGAAGAAGUCGCAACUAGUUGCAGCUGAAGGCCAGCAGGACCAGCUGGUGCUCCAGAGACCAGUCAAAUCGUCGUCCCACCACAGCAGUCGUCACCGGAACCGGGAGAGAGAACGAGACAGAGACAGGGACCGGGACAGGGAUAGGAACCGAGAGCGAGGGCGUGAUCGAGAAAGAGACAGAGAUAACACCUGGCCUAUAGAGAAACAUACAAAUGUGCAACCUCAGAACCAACCUCUUAGGUCUCUGCGUAAGUUGCUGCACCUCUCCUCUUCCCCCUCAUCCUCUGCAGCUGCUAGUCAGCCUCCUCCGCCACCUCCCCCUGCUCCAGAUCGCUCCUCUGAAGUGCGCUUCCAGUCACUUGCCAACCCAGCACCUAAAGCAGCACCUCCAAGCAUGCCUGAAGCACGGGCCAUUCCAGUGGGCAGCAUUACUCCUAACACCAAGAGCCGUAAGCCGCACAACUACCCUCUGCCUGGGCAGAUAGAGUCAACCUGGCAUGCCUCGGCUCCCUAUCCCGACCAAAUGGCCAGUAAAGGUGGGCAAAAUGGCAUCGGGUUCGCCAGGGCUGCCCGUCCCCGGAUGCCAAACCUCAAUGACCUGAAAGAAACCGCUUUGUAGGGGAAGACAUGGCUAGCGCGAGUAUGUGAGGGUAACUGCAAAACCAAUACCACUUCCGCACUUUACGACACCUCUGGCCAGAAAGUGGCGGUAGUCAUAUCUUGAGGUUUUUUUUUUGUUGUUGUUUGUUUUUUUAAAUCAUUCACAUCCUUUGAUAGAAUUUGUAUUAUUGUUAAUGGGUUCAGUUUUCAGUUAUUGACAUUGAUGAUGUAUCCUGAGUAUUUGUAUAAGGAAAUUUAUCAGAUUGGGGGGGGACGGGUAAAUUAACCGUGG